AUGGACUCAGCAGCAGAUUUCCCCCCGUUCCAGGAACGGCUCACGUCCAAACUGGUGCAGAUGACGCGCACCGUAGGACAACUUUCCUCCGAGGAUCUGAAUUUCUAUCGCUCCUCCAGCUCAGGGGUCUCCGAGUCUCUCGACGAGCAGAGCGAACGGAUCCUCUCGUUGACUUCGUCUAUUCUCAAAGCCGCGACGGCAGGGACAGAGCUGUCCGCUCCCGUCUUGAAAGACGAGGAUUCGAUUGAAGACAAUUGGCGGGGCGUGGUGGAUGUGAUCGACGCGCUUCUGGAAAAGGCAGACGCCUGCCUUGACGAGUUUACUGGCGUGAUCAAGAAGUUGAGCCCCUCGCAACAAGAGCAGGCCAAGACGACGUACGGGAAAAGAGCGGCGGCGGCCAAGUUCCCCAGCAUCUACGACUAUGGGCCGUCGAAAAUCCCGAAACCGCAGUUGCUGUUUGAGCGCCAGCCCGACAAUACUGAGACCUCGCCCUUCCGACCGCUUCUUCGCACCAAGCCGCACGCUCGGCUGCCUCUGGAGGAAUCGAUCGAACCGAGUGGUGGUUCAGAGACCGGCUACAGGAACCCGUACGAGACCGAGAUUCGCGACGCAGAGUAUCCUCCGUCUACACAUGCUUCCUCGCCACCCAUCGACUAUCAGCCGUGGGAGUCAACGACUGCGACCUUUGUCGACACAUUAGACGGGGUGAAACAGAUGUUGGACGAGCUCAAGUCGGCCAAGGAGAUCGCCAUUGAUCUGGAACACCACGACGUGCACUCAUACCAUGGCCUGGUCUCGUUGAUGCAGAUCAGCACGCGGGAGAAGGACUGGGUGAUCGAUACCCUCAAACCGUGGAGGGAGGAACUUCAGGUGCUCAAUGAGGUCUUUGCCGACCCUCACAUUCUCAAGGUCUUGCAUGGAUCGUCAAUGGAUAUCAUCUGGUUGCAACGCGAUCUCGGUCUGUAUGUCGUGGGCAUGUUUGAUACCUACCACGCUGCCUGUGCGCUGAACUAUCCCAAGAGAAGUCUCAAGUUCCUUCUCCAAAAGUUUGUCAACUUUGAAGCGGACAAAAAGUACCAAAUGGCCGACUGGCGCAUCCGCCCGCUGCCAUCUGGAAUGUUUGAUUAUGCGCGAUCUGAUACCCACUAUCUCCUAUAUAUCUACGACCAUCUGCGCAAUGAACUGCUCAAAGAAUCCACCCCCGACCACAACCUGAUGGCGUAUGUGCAAGAACAGUCGAAGAAUGAGGCCCUGCAGCGGUAUGAGCGCCCUGUCUACGAUGCGGCCACUGGAAUGGGUCCCGGGGGCUGGUAUGAUGUUCUGUCUCGCAACUCGCUGGUAUUGAGCAAGGAGCAGUUUGCUGUUUUCAAGGCUGUCCACCAGUGGCGCGACGAGAUCGCACGGGCCGAAGAUGAGGGUGUUCAAUGCGUCUUCCCGAAACAUGUCCUCUUCAAAGUUGCACAAGCGAUGCCGCUUGACGAGGGAACUCUACUGAGGACGCUGUCCCCUGUGACUCCAAUUGCCAAGAACCGAUCUUCCGACCUUUUGGAGACGAUUCGGACCGCCAAGGUUGCGGGCGCGACGGGACCAGAAUGGCGUGAUGUUUACAAGCCGUUUAAGAAGGCCGGUCUCACUACAGCAACCGAACCGACCGAACCGUCCAAGCCUGUGGACGAAAGUUUCCCUAUCGCCGGGCGCUUCGAGGUGUCUCAGUUUUGGGGUGCCGUCUUGGACCAAGAGGAGCUAUCCACGCCUCCCGAAUAUGCCCUUGUCGCUUCCGCCGAAGCCCUCCGCCUUUCCCUGCCCCUGCCUCGCAUGCCACUGACCGUAUCCGAGGCACGGGACAGACUGGGUGUGAGCAAAUCUGCACCGGCUCCGGUACCAGCACCACCGACUACCGCCACGGCUCCUUCCCCCCAGCCAGAGGAGAAGAGUAAAUUUUUCACGGUAAAGGAGCUGGGCGGGCCUCGCAAACGGAAAGCCGCGGUGGCACCCGAACCCGUCAAGGAGAAACUGGUAGUUACGCCAGAGCUGGACGAGUUGAGCGGUGAGACCAGCUCCGCGCCGGACGUGACGGAGGACAAGCUUUCGAAGAAACAGCGGAAGAAGGCCAAGAAGGACAAGGAGAGGGAGAAGGAGAAAGACAAGGAGAGCGAGCAGGCCGAGACCGCCGUGCCAUUCGACUACACGAGGGCGGACUCGAUGCUUCACGCUGCUCCGGUGCAGGCAUCCGCCGCGCCGAAGAAACGGCCGUUCAACCCGUAUGCUAAGGCGCUCGACACGUCGACCGGGCUGGGCAGAGCGAAGCGGGAGACGGCGGGCAAGAACUUUACCUUUAGGUAG